AUGAAGUUGCAGCCGCUAGGGCUGGGCAUAAAAUACCAAAAACCGAAUUACCGAACCGAAUCGGCUAUUUCGAUAUUUCGGUAUUCGCCCAAAUCCCUAACCCUAACUAAACAUAUUAUACACCUUAAUUUUUAUCACUUUCAUGGCUCUAGAGGCUGGUGGACGACAUUGCUUUUUACAGCAGCACUGUCAUCUGCGAAAUAUUUCAUUCAACAUGUUUCAAAAUGGAACACCCUAACUCAGGCUCGUCGGAAUAUCUCUCAUCAUUAUAACCUGGCAAAAAUUAGCAAGGAACAUCACAUUUUAGAGAUUGGAUUUGGUUGGGGAACUUUGGCUAUGGAAGUUGUCAAGCAAACAGGAUGUAAAUAUACUGGUAUAACUCUCUCUGAGCAGCAACUAAAUUAUGCACAAUCGAGAGUUGAGCAAGAAGGCCUUCAGGAUAUGAGUGUGGGCACAUCAUGGAACAUAUUAAGGCCAGAGACAGUGUCUUAAUUGGUGCUGCAAGCCUGCUUGUUGCAGUAAUAUUGAAGUUGAUACCUAUUGAACAUAAGAAUACCUAUUCAAAUAUCACUGAUCAGCACCCUGGCUCAGUUGUAUUCGAUCCAUUACAUAGUUUGUUAUUAAAAAUCUUCAUAUUUUUUAUUAUUGCUAUUGUGAAUAUGAUGUACUAACAUAUUCCGUGUGGACUUCGACUUCAAUAUGGUAUUAUCGAAUACCAUACCGAACCGA